GACCAAGCCUGCACCUGGGAUUGUGGCACCUAGCUUUUGCCAUGUGCGUGAUGAGCCAAAGAUGCGAUCUUGCCUCUCAGAUGCUUGCGAAGGAGGAGAGUGCUGCGUUCCUCAUGGCACCCGACGAUCUCUCGUUGGUGGCCGUGUCAGCAGAGCUGUGCAGGCAGAUGCGUCGGAGCGACUCGGAAAUGCUAGGGAAGCACAUCCAGUCCUUCCAGGAAGGUGUGCCUGGCCAUUCUGUCUCCAGAUCCUCGAACUCCAAGAUCAGAGCGUUCCGUGAGGCCACCGAACUCAAUCCACACCGCAACGGCGAGAUCGCUGCAGUGCAGGUUUGCCAACGGGGAGACGGCUCCCAAUUCGUGGCCUAUCAGUUCUUCUAUAGUGGCAAGGUAGAAGGCCGCUCGCUUGUCCUUUGCGUGCAGCUGGAGCUGUGUGAGGGCCAUCGGCCCGACAUGAAAAUGCUCCCAGAGAUCCAGGAGGAGGCACGUGAGCAGCUAUGGAAGGCCUUGGCCCUCCUGGGCGGACGACCCCAAACGAUCAUCGACAAAGACGUGGGCUUCGGCUUUUUCCAGGAGCGCCUUCAAGAGCAGUGCUUGCUAUUGGAUGCUCGCAGCUGUCAGCGCCGGGAGUUCAAUGUCCUGCCCCGUGGUGCACAGGUCUUCAGCGAUCGCCCCCUGAAGCCGGAACCAGGAGGACUGCGUUUCGCCGUACGUGUGGAUGCUGCCUCUAGAGCUUUUGCAGGCUUGCCUUUCAUGGGCUUCACGCGGCAAGUGCCCAACGAUUGCCCUUCCUUGUAUGCAGAUAUUGCUACCAACACAGCGCAGAGCCUUUUGGUGGGUGGCUGUGGAGAGGCCUCAGCCCGGGACCAGCCAACGCACUUCAAAAGUGGUUUCAAGGCUCCGCCGCAGAGUGAAGUCCAAACAUUCAGUCAUCAGCCAGACCUGUUGCGGCACCAGCGCACUGCGCCCCAAGAGCCCGAGAUCGGGGACAUUUUGGAGUGCCGCUACACCUGGCAAGGACAGAUUCAGAUGCUCAUCAAUGACCAGAUGAUCCUCGAAUUCAACACUGGUCGACCACUCACAGACGAGGCCCACUACGCAGUGCUCGACGUGGCCUUUGCCGCGCAUCGGCUCACCUUGGUGUCGCCCAGACAGUCGUUCCUGUCGGACACCUGCGUAGCCUCGGCCUCACCGGACAGCACUUGCUGCAACUCAGAGCUGGACCGUGAUCCGUCCUUCUCGAGUUUCGCUGACCUCUCACAGCCAUCCAUCACGCUGUCCGAAGUUCCGCGGAGUGAGCGAAGGCGGGACAAAUUGCUUGAGUGAUGGCACUUGCAGCUUGCGCCGCACUGGCUUUGCGCAAAUGACCGCAGAAAGACUAACCAAGCAGGUGAGGCCCUGACCCACAAAUCAAAGAACCAGUGAGGACGACAUUUCAUAC